CCCAAAAAUGGGGCUUGUCCAGAGUAUCAAGCGUAGAGGUUCUCCAGUGGCUUUCAUCCCUUUGCUUCUCAUGGGAAAAGAGUUGACGCCACAAAAAUUAGCGAGCCGUGCAAUUCAGAUGUUUUACAGUGAUCCUGCGGACUAUGACACCCUGGAGGGCUUCCAUUCAGAAAUUCUCAGUAUCUUCGAAAUUGCCAACUCUGCGUUCCCUGGUAGACAUUUUGAAGCACCAUCACGUGAGAAAGUAGAGCCAGAAGGCUUUUACAGAAUGGAAAAGCUCUAGUGAUGUGGAAAAGGAGAAAAUAUUCAUGGAGUUGCUUAAGAACACAAAGCCUGGCGAGAUAGAUAACAUUACCCUGAUAGUAGGCCUGGCAACACCACCUUUCUCCAUGGUGGCAAAGAGAGCAGGAGAGAAUGUGACUCCCUUCAAAAUGAUCCAGAAUGUCCCCGACGCCUUGUUUGUGCCCACAGUCACAGUGCUGAUGCUUUUCUCCGUUAAGCUGAUCAGAAAGGCUAUGGAAAAAUAUAGUGAAGAAGCAGAAUACAAAGAAAAAAAGAGAGAGGAGAAACGAAAAGAAGAGAGAAGAAAAGGAAGAUGAAGCAAAGGCCCAUAAGUGGUAUCAAGAUCGCUGUUUGUAUUACCCCCAUAUGCAUGAGGACUCUGUUCUUCAUGAUUAUGCUUCUUAUGCUUUAAUAAUUAAAUUUAUUUGUUCCUAUAUUGUAUAAUGUCUAAAUUGCAUGCACAAUCAGCAGGAGUCAGUAGAUAAAUUCCACCCAAGACAGCAUCUUCUCCCUACCAACCAUCCCCACCCUGCAAGUAAAUUCCCUCUUACAAGUGAUUCUUCUUAUUCCUAUUUUCAAGUCAACAAGAAAUUCUCUCUCAAAUUCUUUUGAAUCA